AUGGAAGAACAAUUUAUGAAUACGUUAGCUAAAGAACAAAUUAGAACAUUGGUGAAAUUUAGUGGCGCUGAUCAUGAAGAUGUGGUUAAAUGGUUAUGUGAUGUGGACACUGUAUUCGAUCGAGCCCAAUUACAAAUAUCAAAUAAAUAUAUAGCUGUCCAAUCAUAUUUAACUGGCACAGCAGAGAAAUGGUUUCGACACAACAAGUCUGCCAUAUCUGACUGGUCUACAUUUAAACUGGAAAUUAUUAAAGCUUAUCAACCUUCACUCAAUCAAAUGUUAUUAAAAAUGGAACAGCGACGACAAUUACCACAUGAAUCCGUACUCGAAUAUUAUGUUGAUAAACGUCAAUUAUGUUCACAAGCUGACCCCAGUAUGAGUUCCGCGAUGGUUAUUCAUCAUUUAACAAAAGGUUUAAAAAGUAAAUUAAUUCCACAUGUAAUUCGUCGUCGUCCAAUUACACCUUCUGAUUUUCUUGUUAUGGCACAAGAAGAAGAAAAAAUUCAACUUACAUUAAAUGGUUUAAGUUAUGAUACAAAACAUCCACAAAAUAUUGAUUUAAAUGAUGAUAAUAGUGACGACACAAUUUCAAUGCUGAAACGAUCCAUUCAUCCAAGUUCACAUGCAUCUAAUUAUCAACCACGCACAACGCCCCCACCACAACCGCUUAUGAAUUCUAAAUUUGUUUAUGAUCGAUCAUCACAUUUACCUCCUCUUUAUGGUUCCCCAAAUUCAUUAACAAGUUUUACAUCACGUCAAUGUUACGAAUGUCAUCGUUUUGGUCAUAUAGCUAAAUAUUGUCCGAAUCGAAAAAACUUCCAACGAGUUCCCGUUAACAAUCUUAUUACAAAAGUUCUAGUUGAUACCGGUGCGGCUUUAUCACUUAUACAAGAACAAACAUUAAAACGUAUGAAACAUUCUCCAAUGAUAUCUUGUUCUUUAAAAGAGGUUCAUACAGCGAAUAGCGGUUUUAUAUCUCUCCUUGGAUUAGUUAAUCUUACAGUAAAAAUUAAUCACAUUAUGACUACGGUUGAUGCUUAUGUCACUCAUGACCUUGUUUGUCCUAUGAUCUUAGGAAGAGAUUGGAUUCAAAAACAUCAUGUCAAUGUUGAUUUCUCUACGAAUCGUAUUUGCAUUCAUGAUGGGAAUACAUCUGUUCCAUUACUACCCGUAUCAUGUAUUGAACCAUUAGCCAUGUCAUUACAAAACUCAAUUGUUAUUCCACCAUUCCAUGAGAAAUUUAUUUCAGGUUGUGUUCCUAUUAAAUCCUUACAAAAUGUAAUUUUUACACCUAAUUUAGCAUUACAACGUUCAAAAUUAGUCAUGAUUCCACACUCGGUCCUUCAUAUUCGUAAUUAUCGAGGCAUUAUCUCGAUCAAGAAUAAUACACAACUUCCAAAAACUAUACCACGUUACACUCCAUUAGGAUUUAUCUCUCCAUCAGCGGAGGACUUUGAUAUGAAUGUCAUUCCUGAACUAUGUGCUAAUGUUUGUCAUUUGUCUUCUCAUUCGUUAACCUCAUUUUCAUGUAUUCAUUGUGCUGUUGAAUGUUCUUCUCGAAGUGAUUUGUAUGAACACAUGAUUGAUUGUUGUAAUAGACAUGUAACAUGCACAACAAAAACAAUAAAUAAAUUAGUUGAACACAUCGAUAAUCCGGUUCAACGAAUGACAGCUUAUAUGAUGCUCCAUCAGUACGAACGACUUUUUGAUGAUUCUUGUGUCAAAGGAAUAAAUUGUACACCUCAAUAUGCUAUCAAUACAGGUUCACAUGCUCCAUUAGCUGUACAUCCACGUCGAGUCUCACAUAUGAAUCGACAAAUCAUAAACGAAGAAGUAAAAAAAAUGUUACACAAUGAAAUUAUUAGCCCCUCGAAUUCCGCAUGGGCCUCCCCGGUCGUAAUUGUGAAAAAACAUGAUGGAUCACCACGAUUCUGUAUAGAUUAUCGUCAAUUAAACUCUAUUACUCAAAAAGAUGUAUAUCCAUUGCCACGUAUAGAUGAUGUUCUCGAACGUCUCAAUGGUUCACACAUUUUUUCAAAACUCGAUUUACGUAGCGGGUAUUUUCAAGUACCUUUAGUAUCUGAUGAACGGGAAAAAACUGCAUUUAUCAGUCCUGAUGGUCCGUGGCAAUUUAAUCGAUUACCACAAGGUUUAAAAAAUUCUCCAUCUGUUUUUCAAAGAUUAAUGAAUCAAACAUUUGGAUCAUUACGUUGGGAUAUAUGUCUUGCAUACUUAGACGACAUCGUUGUUUAUUCUUGUUCGUUUGAUCAACAUCUUAUCGAUCUUAGUAAAGUUUGUCAAGCACUCAACAACUCCAAUUUUAAGUUAAAUAAUAAUAAAUGUUCAUUUUUUCAAAAUGACAUUUCAUUUCUUGGACAUAAAAUUAGUGCAGCUGGCUGUUUACCUAAUGAUGAUAAUGUCCGUGCUAUUAUACAAUUUCCAACACCUACAUCAAGUAAAGCCGCUCAUUCAUUUCUACAGAUGGUUGGUUUUUACCGGAAAUUUAUCCCUCGGUUUGCCCAAAUUUCUUCACCACUUAAUAAAUUUAGCACAAAAGGUUAUCCGUUCAUAUGGACCGAUAGUGAACAAUCAUCCUUUGAUCAAUUAAAGAUCAUGAUAACAUCUCCGGCUGUAUUAAUAUUUCAUGACCCUGGUAAACCAUACAUUAUUAGAACGGAUGCAUCAGGUGUUGGUAUUGGUGUGGUGUUGCUACAGGAACAGACCGUUAAUCGUUAUAAUACAACAUCUAUUUAUAAACCCGUUACUUUUGCUUCACGAACGUUAAAACCAGCUGAAACUCGUUAUUCUACCAUUGAACUCGAAGCAUUAGCUAUUUGGUGGAGUGUCACUCAGAAGUUCCAUUCAUAUAUCGAAGGUCAACAAUUUACCGUAGAAACGGAUCACAAACCGCUGCUAUCAUUAAUGAAAAAAAACAUAUCAUAA